AUGCUAAAAGUUUGCUGGUCCAGAGGGGAAGCGGGACAAUUUCAUGAUUCAGAAAUCAUUGAAACCAUCUUAAGAGAUUUUAACAGUGGGAAGAUGCUGAUGGACAGGAAUGAAACCUGGCUCUCUAAUUUCUCCUCUGCUGCCUCCUCCUUUGCAAGGGGAGGGGUUGGGCUCCAGGAGGUGCUCACUGGGCUGGUCCUCACCCUCAUCGACGUGGUGACACUCCUGGGAAACACGGUGGUGUUCCUCUGCCCGGUGGUGGAGAAGCGGCUGCGCACUGUCACCUACAUGUUCAUCAUGUCCUUGGCCAUGGCAGAUUUCCUCGUGGCCUGUCUGGUGAUGCCCUUCAGCAUCAUUUACGAGGUGACUGGGAUGUGGCUGUUUGGGAAGCUGUUCUGCAAGGUCUGGAUCUCCUUCGAUGUCAUGUUCUGCACGGCAUCCAUCGUCACGCUGUGCUUCAUCAGCCUGGACAGGUACUGCUCCGUGGUCACCCCCUACCACUACUCCAGAAGGAUGUCCCGUGGCAGAUGCAUCGUGAUGACCUGCAUGGUCUGGGUAUAUUCAUCCCUCAUUUCCUUCCUUCCCGUCAUGCAAGGCUGGAAUGAGAUCCCCGGUGUGGACUUUGAUGCGGGCAGAGAAUGCAUCUUUGUCACCAACUGGGUUUUUGCCAUCGUGGCUUCCGCCCUGGCGUUUUUCCUUCCCUUCGUGGUCAUGUGCAGCAUGUAUUUCUUCAUCUACCGAGCCUCCCGCCUCAAGGCCACCCGCAUCAUGUCCCAGACGCUGGAGAUCCACUACCACCCCAACAGCAAGCGGCAGAACCACCUGCAGCUGGAGAACAAGGCCACGAGGACCAUCAGCAUCAUCAUCUCCGUGUUUGUGCUGUGCUGGCUGCCCUACUUUGUGCUGAACGUUUGGCUGGCAGCCAGAGGCACCGACUCCACCAGCACGGUGCUGCUCGGCACCUUCAAGAUCAUCACGUGGCUGGGGUACUGCAACUCCACCAUCAACCCCCUGCUCUACGCUUUCCUCAACAGGGACUUCCAGCACGCCCUCAAGAAGCUGCUCAUCUGCAGGCGCAGGUCUCAGGUGGAUGUUGGGGAAGACAUGGUUUCCAUAGCCACGUUUGCCAGGACUGCUCCAGACCUGGAACACAGCGUGACGCUGCCCAACGGUGCCCCCAAGGGCAAACCCAAGUCCUAG